AUAUAUUCUCACAAGUUACUGCCCUAACACUAUUCUUCUUCUUAUAUAGCGUCGAGCAAUGCUUACCUACUUAAGUUAUAUAACCCCUCUCCAAUUACUUCCCAAUAUGGCGGAGAGUCCAGUUCCAGACCAGAAAAGGAUUUCCAAAGGUGGACUUCCGACGACAACCUUGACAGAUAUGCCCAAUCCACCGUCUCAGGUGGCGGUCGGAUGCUGCCUCCACCGCUACUUCAACUUCCCUCCGAGUACUACUCAGCAGACACUCGGCAACCUACCCUCUCAGCGACUUGUCUUCUACCUAUCCUCUCAUGGCAACCAUAUCAUCAACAGAAGGUGCGAAGUCUUAGAGUCCAAGUGUCGAAAGCGAAGAACCAAGAUGAAGAGUGGCUCCGAAGCCAACGAAAUCGCCGAAAAGGACGCGAAAGAGAAUGGGGGUCUGCUAGCAAGACAAGUUUGGCGAAGGAGGGAUUACACGGGGAUCUUGGAGAUCUUGGGAACCACCAGCAUGAAAACGAAAACGGCAAUGAGAUUUGCCCUCAACGGCAAACAUGAAGCCAUGAUUGUGCCACCCAUUAGGAGAUCCAGGAUGAGCAUCGGAGUCGAAUGGAUACGAGAAACUCGCCCCGACAGCUCAGCUGACUCGCUACCAGGUGCACCAUACAUACCACUAGACAUUUCUACGAUACGAUAUCCCCUCAAAUCGAUGUGCAAGAACCGAGGUCUGAAGGUGGGGACAUCCUUGGAAUUCACCCGAAGAGAGAGAAGAGUUGAAAGAAUUCAAGAAGUCACGACUGUUCUGAGGGUGGUGACUGGGACGGAGGACAGGAUAUUGCGAGCUAAACAGCAAGAGUUGCCGACCGAGGCCUAGGCGCUAUUGCCCAAAAUGGUAGGUAAGGGUGAAUGCUUAACUGGAGCCCCACCGAUAUAUAAACCACCACAGUCCCCAACUUCGUGUACAACGACUCCAACUCCGAUUCCGGAUAGUCACUCUUUCCCCCCACGCCAUUAUUAUCACCUCCGCAAGACAUCUAGCGAACGCCAAGUCGCCGCUCUUCAGUCUACCACAAGCCUGACUGCCCCGACACUCGCUCGGUUUAACAGGCUCAAAUCAACCAUCGCCAUUCAACUGCCCUCUUCCAACCAAAGUCGACUAACCUUUACCUCGACAACAUGAAUCGACGCCAUGCGAGUAAAAGACGCGACAAGCAAGGCUUUGCGCUUCGUGACGCCAUCGAAGAUCUCACGCUUAAACCAAAGCACCUGCCCUCGAGACUUCCGGAGACGUGGGUGGAGGAUGAGGACGGCGACUUGCAAC